UGUUACAGGCUACCGCCCCCAUAUAAAGAAUCAGCUUUGAGGAGGGAGUAGAGGUCCGCUGGGAUGCGUGGGAGACCCAUCGUAGUGUUCACUAUUUCAUCAGCUAUUGAUACGCUGAGCUUCCAGUCAGCGGCUGCGGUUAUUUGAGCAUCUCGUGGAGCAGAAGUGAGAAUGGUGCACACGGUUAGAGCGCACGCUUGCUGGAUGUCCGUCGCUGUCACCAUUGGGGUAAUUGCUUCGACUUUGACUUGGGUCUACGUGACGAGGGGAUACGAAAUCUUUGGACGAGGAAUCAACAACGGUAGUUGCAUUCCAGAUAGCCUCUGUACUUCCAAAGCACAUUACCUUCUAAAAGUGAAAAACAGCUCAGCAGACAGCCGUCUGACCUGGAAUGAGGAGUGGGAAAACAGCCAGUUCUACCUGGACUCUGACCAAGCAUGGCUAACGGUGAAGGAGCAGGGCUUUUACCUGCUCUACAUGCAGGUGACAUAUGGCCUGAAAGGUACUGACCUUGACAAGGGCGUGUCUUCCGCGGACCUCAGCCUCAUCGUGGACUACCGCUACAAGCAGGGGGAGCAGGAGUUUGCCGCCGCCUUUGACACGCGCCCACUCACGGACAGGGAGCAGGACGCCCAUCUGCACAACUUCCUGCUGCUGAGGAUGAGAGCGGGUGAGCAGCUGUCUGUGCGCGCGCAGCCCAAGGAGCGAAUCAAAUACAGUGACAUCCGCCCGAUCUCCAGCUACCUCACCAUGGUCAGGUCUCCAGACGUGUCUCAGCAUGCUUGACUGACAUCGCG